AUGCGUACUGGUAAGGGUAAGAUGAGGAACAGACGCCGCAUCCAGCGCAGAGGGCCCUGCGUUAUCUAUAACGAAGACAUAGGCAUUAUUAAAGUCAUCAGAAACAUCCCAGGGAUCACUCUCCUCAGCAUAAGCAAACUGAAUGUCUUGUGGUUGGCUCCUGGUGGCCAUGUUGGCAGAUUCUGCAUCUGGACAGAAAGUGCCUUCCGCAAGCUGGAUGAUCUGUAUGGCACAUGGCGCAAGGCAGCUGUUCUAAAGGCUGAUUACAACCUCCCUAUGCACAAAAUGACAAACACAGAUCUGAGCAGAAUCCUGACGAGCCAAGAUAUUCAGAAAGCUCUACAUGCUCCAAUCAAAAAGGUGAAGCGCAGCGAACUCAAGAAAAACCAACUGAAGAACUUGAAAAUCAUGAUGAGACUGAACCCAUAUGCCAAAACAGCAAAACGCAAUGCUAUUCUACGCCAGGCGGCAAAGGAGACAAAAACUGUAAAAAAGGUGGUGAGGAAGAGGCAGAUCAAAAAGAAGUCUGUGAAGGAGGAGGUGGCUGCCAAGUAA